GCCGGCCUGUGAAAUGUCAGGGAGGAAUGGCGCUCGGCGCGGUAUUUUGAACAAUCGCCUUUUCCUUUCCUCGUUUUAUCUGGAAACGUCGCCCAGCGUAAAAAUCUCUGGGUUAACAGAGAGCUGAGACUUUGCAAGCAUGGAUGUGGUGUCACCAGAGCUCAACAGUCUCCUUCCUGAUGAGAUCAUGGAUACUGAGGCCAUAGAGGACGUCCCUCACUCCCAACCUGACGCUGCGACGGUCGAGUCAGAGCCCAGUGACGACACAUCGGUCCCGAUGGAAACGGAUACACCUGUGGCUUCAGAAAAUUUGAGCCUGUGUUCAGAUGCUGCUGCAACAGAACCCACUCAGGUUCUAACCACCUCCGUGGCCCCAGACUCUACCCUCAGCAUCAGUCAGAUUCCUGUCUCCAUUUCCAGUUCAUCCUCACCCCUUCUUACCCUAAAACCAGCCCUGGCUACUUCCACAGCCACUACCAAAACUACAGAUAGUGUGACUGGGACUGUCUCUACAAGUGGGCUACAGAAACUCACGGCUCCGUUCACCAUCUCUCCCGCAAACCACCAGAUCAUUCUCAACAAGGUGGCCUCAUCUCAAGCCACAGAAGCAGCAAAGUCUGCAGGCACCCCUCCCCAGGUCAUCAAGCAGGAAGGACAAAAACUCUUGGUUACAGCCAUUGGAAAAUCGGGGCAACCUAUAGUGCUUCAGUUACCCCACACAGGCAGCAAGCCUGGCAUUUCACAGGCCUCAGGAGACACCAAGGCUCAAGCACCACAGUUUAAAGUGGUGACCAUUGGUGGGAGGUCGGAGCUGAAGCCUGUGGUGGGCAGUGCUAGCAACCAGGUGACCACAUUACAGGCCCAGCAGCUGAAGGCAGUACAGAUUACUAAGAAAACACCAGCAUCCUCAGCUGCACCAAUCAAGUUCAUCAUCACAAAAACUGUCAACAGCAAAGGCCUGAGUCCUCAGACAUCAGUUCCUCCUGUUAUUGCUGGACGAGUCCUAACACAGAAUUCCCCAGUGAUGCCCCCGAGGACCAUUACGCUGUCUGAACCCCACAACACUACUAUACAGAGCAUCCCUGGGAAAAAGAUUGCCAUUUCACCUCUUAAGAGUCCCAGCAAGGUAACUGUGGUGUCUGUGGCUUCCCCGACCUCCAACACCUCUCAGAAGUCAGUAGCUCUGCCCGUCAAUGUAGCACUCGGCCAGCAGAUCCUCACAGUCCAGCAGUCCACGUCUGCAUCUCCCGUCAAGGUGGCCACCAACCAAACCGCAGCACAGAAUAUUAAACCAGUGCAGUCUGUUGCUGUGGGAGGAGUCGGUGGCUCCCAGUUCAAGACCAUCAUCCCACUGGCCACUCAGCCGAAUGUACAGCAGAUUCAGGUGCCAGGAAGCCGGUUUCACUACGUCCGCCUCGUCACAGCAACCACGGCGAGCAGCACAGGACAGCCCAGUGGUCCCAGCACCAGCUCCAUACAGACAGCUAAACCUAUGGUGGUCAGUGCAGGAGCAGUGAGGAUGUCGGUCCCCAUCGUCCCAGCACAGACCAUGAAACAGGUGGCACCUAAGCCCUUAACAUCAGCAGCACAAGUAGUAACCACCACUCAGACCCAGCAACGCCUGAUCAUGCCUGCAACUCCGCUACCCCAGAUCCAGCCCAACUUCACCAACCUCCCCCCAGGCACCGUCCUGGCACCAGCUCCCGGAGGCGGGAACGUGGGCUACGCAGUCGUGCCAGCACAAUAUGUAACACAGCUCCAGCAGUCACCUUUUGUGACCCUGGCCAGCAGCUCUGGUUUCCCUGCGCCCGCUGGUAUCCAGACUCAGGCCAGACUGCCACUUAAUGGCCUGUCGACAGCAGAAACAACCUCAAGACCAAGGAAACCGUGCAACUGCACCAAGUCACAGUGUCUCAAGCUAUACUGUGACUGCUUUGCAAAUGGAGAGUUCUGCAAUAAUUGUAACUGCAAUAACUGCUUCAAUAACCUGGAGCAUGAAACAGAACGUCUCAAAGCUAUCAAGACGUGUCUGGACCGGAAUCCAGAGGCCUUCAAACCUAAGAUCGGUAAAGGUAAAGAGGGAGAGUCGGAUCGUCGGCACAGCAAAGGCUGCAACUGCAAACGAUCAGGCUGCCUGAAGAACUACUGCGAGUGCUACGAGGCGAAGAUCAUGUGCUCGUCCAUUUGUAAAUGCAUCGGCUGCAAGAACUUUGAGGAGAGCCCGGAGAGGAAGACGCUGAUGCACUUGGCCGACGCAGCAGAAGUGAGAGUACAGCAGCAGACGGCAGCCAAGACCAAGCUGUCCUCACAGAUCUCAGACCUGCUCAUGCGGACGACACCUGUUAUUUCAAGUGGAGGCGGGAGGCUGCCGUACACGUUUGUAACAAAGGAGGUGCUGGAAGCAACGUGCGAGUGUCUGCUGGAACAGGCCAAAAAGGCAGAACAGACUCAUCAGCCUCAGGCCGAAGCAGAAAGGAUGAUCCUGGAGGAGUUUGGACACUGCCUCAUGAGGAUAAUCAGUUCGGCGGGGAAAGCCAAAGCAGACUGUGCAUCCAUCAACUGCUAGGCCGAGCACUCGUGAGGUCCUCCACUCUCUUACCGGCCCUCGGUUGUCGGGGCCGAGAGGCAUGGAUUACUCAGCACUCUGUGUCGGACCCCUGGGGUUUCUCUCCUGCAGGGAAACAGGUUGUCUCCCUCACCAGAAGGUAGAACAAUGGCCUGAUAGUAGACAGAUCCCCCUGCCUGGGCCAGGCUGAGGCCAGCUGGAAUAAUAAACAUGGAACAGGUGUUUGGGCUGUUCACCUGCUAACUGAAGGACAAAUGGACAGAGCAAACUGCCUCUGAAGGAUCUGCCUUCAAAACUCACAUUCACCUGGCUCUGAUAAACAGAACUGCCUGAGCAAGGUAGCGCUGAACAUGAAUUUAAACGUCUUUACACUUUAUUUUCCCUACAAUUCUCUAUCAAAUCUGUUCUCCGGACUUUUGUUCUUCCAUUUUUAAUCAGUUUUUCUUUCUCUCUUUCCCCAUUUUGAGGUUUUUGGAAAACAACGCCUGUAAUUUUUAUGUAAUCAGUACAUUUGUGCUUACAGUAGACAAACAGAACAUGUAUCUUUUGAUAUUUAUUUUGACAAGUAUUUGUAAUAAUUGUGAGCGCUAAUAUUGUGUGGCUUCUAGUGCUGCAAACUAUUGAUCAUUAACCAUGGCUAGGCUAAAUUCUUUCAAUGAAAAUGAGUAGAGGCAAUCUUUUAGGUUUUAUCCUAAAUGCAGUUGUAAGAUGAAAGCACACACAUUAUGCAUUAUGCUCAAACAGACACAAACACACGCACACUCUUGUACUUCUAUCUUUGUGAGGACACUCAUUGACAUAAUGCAUUCCCUAGCCCCUAACCUUAACUUGAACCAUCACAACUAAAUGCCUUACCCUAACCCUUUGAAGGUGUGUCAGAAAAUGUGGACCGUCCAAAAUAUCCAGACUUCCUAAAGUCUAAAAAUCAAACUAGUCCUCAUAAAGAUAGAAGUACGUAUACACACACACACACACACACACACACACACACACACACACACACACACGGCUCAGAGUAGUUGGCUAGAUUGGCAGAGAUACACAUUUCUUCUGGUGCUGUUUUCUGUUUUAUUAGUCACAUGCUUACUGUACAUUAAAAACACCAUUAACUGAAAAAAUAAUUGAGAUUUGUUCAUUGUUGUUCCUGAAAUUUGUUCGAGCAAGAACAAAGAGCAAAUUACAGUCACCUGAUCCGUCCAAGGCUGUUCUGAUGAGCAGAUGAACACAGUUCAGAGUGGCAAAAGCACAGGAGUAACUAAUAACAUUUAAAAACAGUUUGUUUGUCACUCAUUCAGAUGACUUCAGAUGUGCUGGUAAAACACAUCUUACAAACCAGCUCUUUUCUAGUCUAAGCUGACCAUUAUUGGGACUCUUGAAAACCUAUUUUUGCAGUCAGCCUCUUACUGUGAUUAAUGCUAAUUAGAUUAGAUUAGAUUAGAUUAACUUUAUUUAUCCCACAACUGGGAAAUUCAUUUACCACAGCAGAAAAUAAACAUCUAUAGAAUAAAACAUCUAUGGAAAUAUACAACAAAAAUAUACCAAAUAUACACUAAUAAAUACAAUAUACACAAUACACACGAUAUGUACAUGAAAAAGUGCAAGUUUGCACAUGGUCAGGAAGAGCAGGAGUUGUGGAGUCUGACAGCUGCUGGAAUAAAGGACCUGCGGAACCUCUCCUUCUUACAGCGAGGAUGUAAAAGUCUGCUGCUGAAGAAGCUACUCAGAGACCCUACAGUGUCAUGCAGAGGGUGAGAGUUAUUGUUCAUGAUGGAUGUCAGCUUAGCUAACAUCCUCCUGUCACCUACUUCCUCAAUGGAGUCUAGGGGGCAGCCCAGGACAGAGUGCUAGUAAUGCUAGGUUUGGGUUAAUUGACACGACAGUUGCAAUUGUGUGAUGACUCAAUUGAUGUCAAGUUUUUUUUGCACCAAUCAAAUCUAAUCAAACCACACCCAUACUCCUCAUUUUCGAGUGUUAAACUUAUAUUAUUGACAAGUCUGGUUUUAUUUCAAACUUUAACUUCUGCUUAUGUAGUCAUGAAUAUUUAGUGGUAUAGAAAAAAAGCUUAAAGCCCCUAAAAACCUAGUUUUAUGUGUUGAGUAUUUUUCUGUAGCAUGCAACAUUUAACAAAAUGCAACAAGCAAAGCAGACUAAAAAGAGUUUAGAGCUGCAAAGUACAGACGCCCUGAGAAACAAGUGAAUGUUUGUUUUUUUAAUCUAUGAAAACAAGCCUUGAGAGGCACGUGAUUUUUUUUGUUUUGUUUUGUUUUUGCCAGGAUCACUUUUCUAUUUUUUUUUUCAUCUGUAAAAACAUGUCCCAAGAGGCAAAUGAUUUUACAACUACGAAUACAACUUUCUUUUUUUUUCGCAAACUUAAUUUUUUUUGUCCCCUCCCGUGCUCCGUAUUAUAUGAUCCUCGCGAAGCGUUCAAACGAGAACGUCAAUGCCGUCCCGGUCCCUCAGGAAGCGUUGUGGUGGGGACCAGUGGCGGACGUCAUAAACGUCCUGUAAACUUCCGGGGGAACGUUCCCUUUUUGUUUUACGCUGAAUUUAACACUGACUAUAUUUUCAGUUCACCCCGAUGAAAACGAGAGCUCGAUGAAAGCACGCAACGGUUGCUAAGGCGCCUUAGCAACGGUUGCUAAGGCACACGCUUUAGGGGGCGGGGCUUAACAUGUAGU